AUGAUUGGCUAUAUUUUCCUUACGGCAAGUGGUGUGGACCGUGCGGCAAAUCUAGCUCCCAAGAAGCAGCCUAGCCAGGUGACAUCCAAGCUGAUGGUUACCGCUGCUGCUGUUCUUGAUCCCAUGUUGGCAUUCGGGAUUGGGCCUCUGGCAUUUAUAAUUUUGCGUGAGGUCCAUGACAUCCACAUCAACGAGGACUCUGAUUCAGAAUGA